AUGUCCAAUCCCAGCAGCUCCGCAGAUCAUCCUCCUCACCAUUGUCUGGUUGAGUUCCUGCGCGGACUGCGUGAACAGCAGUUAACGGGCACCCUGUGCGAUGUGGUACUGAAGGGCUGCGAAGAGUCCGCGCUGGGCAUUCCCUGCCACCGCAACGUCCUCAGCGUGCACAGCGCCUACUUUCGGGCCGUCUUCACGCAUGACUGGAAAGACUCAGCUGAGCCUGUCUUCCAGCUGCGCAACAUCGACAGUCACACGCUAAACGAAUUGGUCCAGUACGCGUACACCCUGGAUGUGGACCUGAACGACGACAACGUGGAGCGCAUCGUAAUUGCCGCGCAGUUCCUGCAGAUGGGUGAGUUGGAGUUGAUGAGCUGGGAUUACGUGGAGCAGCACAUGCGCGUGUCCAACUACCUGGCCGUCCACACUCCAGCCUCCAAUCACCACCAUCCCCGUCUGGCCACGGCAGCGCUUGAAUUGAUCCAUCUCCACUUCCUACAAGUGGCGCAGAGUCAGGACUUUUUGGAGCUGGAUGCGCAACAGCUGAUUGCACUGUUGGCAUCGGAUAACGUGGACGUGUUCAGCGAAGAUCAGGUUUUCGAGGCGGUGCGGCGCUGGCUGGAUCACGACCGUCCUGAACGCUUGGAACACGCCGCCGCCGUCCUUCAGAUGGUCCGUGUGGCCUUCCUGAGCGAGCAGUGUCACUUGGAAUACUCGAUCAUCCUCACCAGCGCACUGAAGGUUACGCCCCCGUGCCCGAGUCAAACUAGCCAGACGAUACAGAACAGCAACCCACGGCCUUCAUACGGAGCGCGGGAAAUGAUCCUGUGCUUGGGCGGCACCUGUCAGGAUCUAGUUGGCAGCGAGGAAGCUUCUGUCGACGUCUUCUGUCCGUCGAUCCCGGCGGUUUGGCGCCUGCGCGAUCUGCCGGAGCUCGUCGAAUGCUGCUCCGCGGCGCUGCUGGAUCCCGGCUGGAUGCUGAUCAACAGCAUGCACUGCGUCGGGACCGUACGCCGCAACAGUCUGUACACCGGCCUGCGCCACGAAUGGCGGGAGACGUCUCGCGUCUCGACACUGCGCCUGGCCGGAGCGCUGGCCGCCCUCAAUGGGUGCGUCUACGCGGUCGGCGGUUGUGAUCCGUAUGGCGACGGGAUGGUAGGCCUGUCCUCCGUGGAGAUGUUCGAUCCCGUGAGCGGUUCCUGGAGCGCCGUCGCCGCGCUGCCCGAUGGAUUGAGCGGCUUGGCGAUGGUGGCCUGUGAGGGGCGGUUGUACGUCUUCGGCGGAGACGACACGGAGGGCGUGCCGAAUGCGACGUUCUCCUACGAUCCUGCAACGAAGGCCUGGACAAGGCUGGCUGAUAUGCCCACCGCGCGCACCGGCUGCCGUGCUUGUGUGGCGCCCAAUGGAUUGAUUUAUGUCACCGGUGGAGAAACGUAUGAUGCGUCCCUGCGUGUGCAUGUGGAAGCGUACGACCGUGUUACCGAUCAGUGGCACAAGAAAGGCGAUCUGGUGGAGGAGCGUUCGCAUCACGAGUGUAUCUGCGUGGGUGGGAAGCUGUACGUCAUCGGCGGGUUCUUCGCCGAGGGCGUUUACCAGGACAGCAUCGAAGUGUACGACGAAGAGACGGACAGCUGGGCGCUGCAUGCAUGCCGCUUACCGCAAGGCAAAUCCCAUUUUGGCUGCGUGGUGAUGAAGCUGAAGCGAGAAUGAAGCGGCUGGCCAGUUAAAAGCGUAAUGUGCAUGCAGCUCCUACCUGUGACUGCUGUGGAGCGGAUUUCUGUUUGUUUCGGGUCAAGUCGGAAUGGUAAACGUGCGAUGGUGCAUUCCCCUUGCCAGUUAUAAAAAAUCCCUGUUUUACUUCUGUUGGGAUUCCCCAAGGUUGCGAUUCGCAGUGUUCGAGUUAACUAUUUUAUGGUAUCGAUUCUUAGCUUUCUGGAGAAAAGAA